GGGGGGAAAAAAGCCUCUUAAGGUGGGGGGUGGAAAGGAAAAGAAGGAACGGAGAAGCCGGGGCUGGCAGCUCCAGUAGCGCUCAGGCAAGCCUAGUCCCAGGGCGAGGGGCUCCGGCCCUCGUCGGGAUAUCGGACGCGGGGCCCGGGGAAGUGGCGGAGCCCGGGCCGGGGCGCCCAGCAGCAGCGACGUCUCGGGGGCCCAGGGCCUUGGCGGCCGUCCCCGCAGCCCCGCCACCCGGCUGCGCCCGGAGCCGGCCCCGCCGCGGCCGCCCCAUUCCCGGCCCAAGAGCUGGCCCAGGGAGACGCAAUCGAGCCCGCAGCGCAUCGAUGCGCCGCCGCCCGCGCCGCUCGGGCUCCGGCUCGCGCUUAGCCUCCGCCGCCCGGAGGUCGUCCCGGUGAGCUCUGGCCCACCCGCGCCCUCGCGGCCGCCCCUUGCCUGUUGCCGACGCCGCCGCUCCAGCCGCGCGGCGGGCAGAAGACUGGACCGCGGAGCCCCGGGCCGCGGCGGCGGCGGCGGAGCGCCCCCCACCCGCCCGAUGCCGUGACCCCCUGCCCGGGGGCGGGGGCCAGGGCAGGACCGGCCGGGGCCUCUCCCUCGCUCCUCCUCCCAUCCCUCUGCCCGCCUUCUCCCCCCUCUCCCCGCCCCCCGGCCCCGAACCCCGCGCACCUCGUCUGGGGACGGGGCGGGGGGGUGGGGGGGUAGGGCCGCCGCUCCUCCCCGCCCCCUCCUCCUCCGGCCUCUGGAGCGAUUUGUCAAACUUCCCAUUCCGCCGGCAGCGCGGUCCUCCUCCUCCUCCUCCUCCUCCUCCUCCUCCUCCUCCUCCUCGGCCUCCUCCUCCCCCCCGCGCUCCUCCCUCCCCGCGCCUCCCUCGCCCGCCCUCCUUCUUCCCUCCGCACGUUCGGGGAUCGCGGCGGAGCGCGGAGAGGGGGGGACGCGGAGAGCCGGGGCGCAGCAGCAUCCUGCGGGCGGCCGCUCUCCGGGGGGGAGGCUGAGAGCCGGCCCGCCUCGCCCCCCCCGCGGGCCCGCCGCCCCUCCCUCGCUCUGCUCAGCCCGGCAGCGGCGGCGGCGGCGGCGGCGGCGGCGGCGGCGGCGGCGGCGGCGGCAGCAGUGGCAGUCGCCGGAGGAGCAUCAUGCCGAGGAGGAAGCAGCAGGCGCCCCGGCGCGCAGCAGCCUAUGUUUCGGAUGAGUUAAAGGCUGCCGCGCUGGUCGACGAAGACAUAGAGCCCGAGGAGAGCCCGGCAGAUGGAGAGCCCUCGGCCAAGUACGUGUGCCCCGAGAAGGAGCUCGGCAAGCCCUGCGCCAGCUACCAGAACUCCCCGGCGGCCGAGUUCUCCAGCCACGAGCUGGACAGCGAGUCGCACAUCAGCGAGACCAGCGACCGGAUGGCCGACUUCGAGAGCGGCUCCAUCAAGAACGAGGAGGAGACCAAGGAGGCGGCCGUGGCCCUGGAGGACACCACCGUGUCCGACAGCCUGGAGCAGAUGAAGGCCGUGUACAACAACUUCCUCUCCAACUCCUACUGGUCCAACCUCAACCUCAACCUGCACCCGCCCUCCUCGGAGAAGAACAACGGCGGCGGCGGCAGCAGCAGCAGCAGCAGCAGCAGCAGCAGCAGCUGCGGCAGCGGGAGCUUCGACUGGCACCAGAGCGCCAUGGCCAAGACCCUGCAGCAGGUGUCCCAGAGCCGCCUGCUGCCCGAGCCCAGCCUCUUCAGCACCGUGCAGCUGUACCGGCAGAGCAGCAAGCUCUACGGCUCCAUCUUCACGGGCGCCAGCAAGUUCCGCUGCAAGGACUGCAGCGCCGCCUACGACACGCUGGUGGAGCUGACCGUGCACAUGAACGAGACGGGCCACUACCGCGACGACAACCACGAGACCGACAACAACAACCCCAAGCGCUGGUCCAAGCCCCGGAAGCGCUCGCUGCUGGAGAUGGAAGGGAAGGAGGACGCCCAGAAGGUGCUGAAGUGCAUGUACUGCGGCCACUCGUUCGAGUCCCUGCAGGACCUGAGCGUCCACAUGAUCAAAACGAAACACUACCAAAAAGUGCCUCUGAAGGAACCCGUCACGCCCGUGGCCGCCAAAAUCAUGCCGGCGGCCGCGGCCGCGGCGGCCCGGAAGAAAGUGUCGUCGCUGGAGCUGGAGCUGCCCAGCUCCCCGGACUCCACGGGCGGGACCCCCAAAGCUGCCCUGGCAGACACCAACGACGUGCUCCAGAAGAACGCCAACCCUUACAUCACCCCCAACAACCGGUACGGCCACCAGAACGGGGCCAGCUACGCGUGGCACUUCGAGGCCCGCAAGGCGCAGAUCCUGAAGUGCAUGGAGUGCGGAAGCUCGCACGACACGCUGCAGGAGCUCACGGCCCACAUGAUGGUCACGGGCCACUUCAUCAAGGUCACCAACUCGGCCAUGAAGAAGGGGAAGCCCAUCAUGGAGACGCCCGUCACACCGGCCGUCACCACGCUGCUGGACGAGAAGGUGCAGUCGGUGCCCCUGGCCGCCACCACCUUCACCUCCCCCGCGAACACGCCCGCUAGCGUCUCCCCGAAGCUCGGCGGUGGCGGUGGUGGCGGCGGCGGCGGCGGCGGCGGUGUGGUGGAGGUCAAGAAGGAAGGGGACAAGGAGAAAGCGGUCACCGACGAGAAGCCCAAAGAGAAGGAGAAGCCCGGCGAAGAGGAGGAGAAGUACGACAUCUCUUCCAAGUACCACUACCUGACGGAGAACGACCUGGAAGAGAGUCCCAAGGGCGGGCUGGACAUCCUCAAGUCUCUGGAGAACACAGUGACGUCCGCCAUCAACAAGGCCCAGAACGGCACCCCCAGCUGGGGCGGCUACCCCAGCAUCCACGCCGCCUACCAGCUCCCCAACAUGAUGAAGCUGUCUCUGGGCUCGUCGGGGAAGAGCACGCCCCUGAAGCCCGUGUUCGGCAACAGCGAGCUGGUGUCGCCCACCAAGAGCCAGACCCUGGUCUCGCCGCCCAGCAGCCAGACCUCCCCCAUGCCCAAGACCAACUUCCACGCCAUGGAGGAGCUGGUGAAGAAGGUCACCGAGAAGGUGGCCAAGGUGGAGGAGAAGAUGAAGGAGCCCGAGGGCAAACUGUCCCCGCCCAAGCGGGCCACCCCGUCCCCGUGCAGCAGUGAGGUCAGCGAGCCCCUGAAGAUGGAGGCAGCGGCGGCGGCGGUGGCUGGUGAGGGGGACUUCCGGAGCCAGGAGGCCAGUCCCAGCCCGCCACGGGAUGGGGUCAAGGAGGGCAGCCCCCCGGCCGAGCCCGUGGAGAAUGGCAAGGACCUGGCGAAGCCCCUGAGCAGCGGCCUGAGCAGCAGCACGGCCAUCAUCACCGACCACCCGCCCGAGCAGCCCUUCGUGAACCCGCUGAGCGCCCUGCAGUCGGUGAUGAACAUCCACCUGGGCAAGGCCGCCAAGCCCUCCCUGCCCGCCCUGGACCCCAUGAGCAUGCUGUUCAAGAUGAGCAACAGCCUGGCUGAGAAGGCGGCCGUGGCCACGCCACCCCCACUGCAGGCCAAGAAGGCCGACCACCUCGACCGCUACUUCUACCACGUCAGCAACGACCAGCCCAUCGACUUGACCAAGGGGAAGAGCGACAAAGGCUGCCCUCUGGGCUCGGUGCUCCUGUCACCCACCUCGGCCUCGCCCGCCACCUCCUCGUCCUCCUCCACGGCGACCUCCACGGCCAAGACCUCGGCCGUCGUGUCCUUCCUGUCCAACUCGCCGCUGCGCGAGAACGCCCUGUCGGACAUUUCCGACAUGCUGAAGAACUUGACGGAGAGCCACACGUCCAAGUCCUCCACCCCCUCCAGCCUCUCGGAGAAGUCGGACAUCGACGGGGCCACCCUGGAGGAGGCCGAGGAGGCCACGCCCGCGCAGAAGCGGAAGGGCCGCCAGUCCAACUGGAACCCCCAGCACCUGCUCAUCCUGCAGGCCCAGUUUGCGGCCAGCCUCCGGCAGACCUCGGACGGGAAGUACAUCAUGUCCGACCUGAGCCCCCAGGAGCGCAUGCACAUCUCGAGGUUCACCGGGCUCUCCAUGACCACCAUCAGCCACUGGCUGGCCAACGUCAAGUACCAGCUUCGGAGGACAGGUGGAACAAAGUUCCUAAAAAACUUGGACACCGGUCACCCCGUGUUCUUUUGUAACGACUGCGCCUCCCAAAUCAGGACCCCCUCCACGUACAUCAGUCACCUCGAGUCCCACCUGGGCUUCCGGCUCCGGGACUUGUCCAAACUCUCCACAGAACAGAUUAACAAUCAGAUAGCACAAACCAAGUCGCCGUCAGACAAACUGGUGACUUCCUCCCCAGAGGAGGACCUGGGGACCUCCUACCAGUGCAAACUCUGCAACCGGACCUUUGCCAGCAAGCACGCGGUCAAACUCCACCUUAGCAAAACACACGGGAAAUCGCCCGAAGACCACCUCCUGUACGUGUCUGAGCUGGAGAAGCAGUAGCGUUGGCUUUGGAUGGAAAGGACGGUCGUUGGCUUUGAGGGGGAAACUGUUGAAGGCACCUUAAGGGCCCUCUGCCUUGUUCUUGGCACAUGUUCUUAUUUUAACUGCAGAGUCACUCUGGGCAGGACUGUUUUGUAUAACUGUACAGUGUUUAAUAGAGGUGCAUAAUCAGCUGUUGUUACUGGUAAAAUAUGAAGGUUAAAACGCAGUGGUAAGUGUUUGGGACUUUGUGUAAAUGGGAUUUAGUUGUGAGCAUCCUCCCGAUGCUUCAAGCUGCAUGCAUUAACAGACAGUUUAAUUAAGCAUUUAUAAUGAAAUCGGGCACACUUUUUUUUCCACGUGACGCGAGUGUGCUGGAAUUUCUCACCCUUUCAUCUUUAGCCCUCUGAGUACUUUGAAGCACUUUUGCAUUAAUUUGGUUAAAAAAAAUAAAGGAAAAUAAUAAUAAUGUAUGAAGCUCUGUUUUUUAAACUCCUUACCAGCUUAAUUAUAAUUAAUAAUAUGAACCUCCAUUUCUGCAGGUCUGCAGGGGUAGAACACGCCUUGAAAUUUAAAAGAAUAUUAUUUUCACAUUGAAACAUAGAUGUAUAUAUUGUAUAGAUUUCAGACUCUCUUAUGAAAAAAAAAAUGUGAUUGUGGUUAAAUGACCUUUUUUUCUGCAUUUAUAGCAACAGUGUUUUAUGUACCUGCUAUGCUCUGGGCAUAAGCCGUGCCUAUGUAUAGUGUAUAUUUCUUUUUCCUUUUUUUUAAGGUCUAUGGUUUUGUUUUUUACAUGCAAACAUUGUAAAUUAUACAGAAGAUACCACAGAUAGCAUUUAUAAAGUAUACAGAAACGUUAUCUGAAAGCAAAGUAUGAUUGUUUGUUUUGCUAUACAGUACAUCUAUAUUGAUAGAGGUUCAUGUUUAAAUUAUACAUAUUUAUUAGCAUCAUGUUAUCAUUUGUUUUGAGCAGUCUGAAUAAAUGAGGCCAGGAAAGCAAGUCCGUGGCAGGCAUCAUAACUAUUUUGCACAUGAUUUUUAAAGGUAUUUAUUAGAGAUCAACCAACGCUCAAAAUAAACUCAGUGCUCAAAGGGUUAAGUCUAUUUGAAAAGGAAAAAAAAAAACAAAAAAAAAAGAACUUGUACUGUAUUUCCUAAACAUUGAUAAAGCCUUUAAAAUGUUUGUACUGUAAUACUUUGCUUAAAAGUCAUGAGGCAUUCUGUGAUACCAUCUCUCUCACUUAUUUAUACGCCCUCUUGGUUGCUCUUCCAUAGUGUAGGAUGCCUUUUUAUUUCGAUUGGUAACUUUCCGUUUUGUUCUUCCUAAUUAUUCUCCCAAGAUCCCACAGUGCAGCUUUAUCUUUAGGCUUAUGAAAGGUAACCCGUGGUUACCGGCUCUCCAAGUGAUUCUGUUCUCCUCCGUUUUUGGCAGUUAAUUUGCAGAAGUAACUGACAGCUGACACCAUAUGAGAGCCUAUGUAUAAAAUAUUGGCAUGUAAACAGCACAGACACUGUAACACACUCUGUGCCCUGUUUUGUGGUUGACAAUGAACCACCAUUAUGUGACUCUUCAUAUAACCCUUUUUUUCUACGGCAGCAUUAAAAUUGUCUUUUUGCUAUAAUUUUGUGUUGCGUUCACAAUUAUGUCUGAAAUGUGCUACGACUAACGAGCACAUUAAAAUUAAAUUGUA